UAGCUAGACAGUUCACAUUUUCUCCUUGAGAGAUUUUUCUUUUUAAAAGCUAAUACCAAAGGAUUCAUUGUAGAUACUGGAGAAGUUUCUUCUGACUUUUUUCCUAACUGGAAAACUGACCAAUAGUAACUAGGAGAAAAAGAUGAGAAACCAAAGCCAACGAAGCAUUAGAAGAAGACAGACCUUACUACCCAGGCAAUGGCUUUAUACUUACAAAUCAACUUUGGACCAGCAAAUUUAGAACCCUUGACAACAAAUCAACUUUGGACCAGCAAAUUUAGAACCCUUGACAACAAAUCAACUUUGAACCAGCAAAUUUAGAACCCUUGACAACAAAUCAACUUUGGACCAGCAAAUUUAGAACCCUUGACAACAAAUCAACUUUGGACCAGCAAAUUUAGAACCCUUGACAAUAUGCUUGUUAGGUCUCCCACCAUGCUAGGCUCCUUCCAGACAUUCAAUAAACAUUUGCUCACACACAGGCAGAACAAACAUUUAACCAAGCAAUUUAAAUGCAUGCUUUAGGGUUCAUUUACAUAUAGUGUAUUAAUUAUUAAAUACCUGUCUCAAUUAAUUAAGCCAUUUGGGUCAAAUUGACAAAUAUUUUACUGGUCUAGUCUCAUAACUUAGAAAAACAGAUAUAAUAUGCUCCUAAAAUGAAAAAACUGUAAGCUAUAAGAUAGUACACACAACAUAACAUUUUUUUAAGUGGGUGCACAUAAACUCAGAAAACUUUUUAAACAUAAAGUACCAAAAAUUUGGUGCUGUUAAUAGUAAUUAUCUCUCUAUAUAAUGAUAAGUCCUCUUCUAUUUUCAUUUCCAGAUUUUUCAACAAUGAACAAAAAAGAAUAAAGAUAAAUAAAACACAUUUUACCAGAUUCUGUUAAAUCCUAUCUUUUGGUUUAUUAACAUGUCUCAGCAGAGAUAGAAACUCCAACAAUAUUUUUUAAUCUUAAGUUUAAAAUUCUGGUGUCACUAUGUAUACUAAAGAAGUAUUUUCUUAAAUGCCUUACAUUUUUAACUCAUAAUCCCUUUCAAGUCAUAAACAGUGACAUUGUUUGAAAUCAUCAUGACAUAGAACAUAUAUAUAUAUAUAUAUCUUAGGUAUUUAAAAAAAAAAAACAGGCUAAGCCAGGAAUGGUAGAGCACACCUGUAACCCCAGCUACUUGGAGGCUGAAGCAGGAGAUUCACUGGAGCUCAGGCUGCAAUGAGCUCUGAUCACACACUACACUCCAGCCUAGGCAACAGAGUAAGACCACAUCUCUAAAAAUAUUUAAGAAUUAAAAAAAAAAAAAAGCCUAAGUACUACAAUAGACAGGUGGAAAUCUUUUCUCUAAAAAAUAUUGACAAAGCUGAACUGCUUAAGAAAGCACAUGAGAAAUUAUAAAGAAAAAGCUACCUAGGAGACUUUCAUGCAGUUAAACUACUUGCAAACCACAGCUUCGUCUACGUCAAUAUGCAACAUUUUUAAACCACACAAAAAGGAAAGGAAAUUUUUAGUAAAGCCAGCAGCCCUGCAAUGGGGUGUUAUUGCUGCAGCUAACUGAACAGUUCAUGCUUCUCUGAUGACUUACAGCUAGGCUCGCUGAAGCCCACAGAAGAUACCCCCAGAUUCUUUGGAUUUCUUUCUCAAUUUAGAGAGUCAUCUUCACUUGCUCUCAAGAUGACAAACAGUUCAUUCUUCUGUCCAGUUUACACAGAUCUGGAGCCACUCACAUAUUUUUUUUAUUUAGUUUUCCUUGUUGGAAUUAUCGGAAGUUGUUUUGCAACCUGGGCUUUUACACAGAAAAACACGAAUCAUAGGUGUGUGAGCAUAUACUUAAUCAAUUUGCUUACAGCCGACUUCCUGCUCACGCUGGCUUUACCAGUGAAAAUUGUCGUUGACUUGGGUGUGGCACCCUGGAAGCUGAAGAUAUUCCACUGCCAGGUAACGGCCUGCCUCAUCUACAUCAAUAUGUACUUAUCCAUUAUCUUCUUAGCAUUUGUCAGCGUUGAUCGCUGUCUCCAGUUGACACACAGCUACAAGAUCUAUCGAAUACAAGAACCUGGAUUUGCCAAAAUGAUAUCAACCGUAGUGUGGCUAAUGGUCCUGCUUAUAAUGGUGCCGAACAUGAUCAUUCCCAUCAAAGACAUUCAGGAAAAGUCAAAUGUGGGUUGUAUGGAAUUUAAAAAGGAAUUUGGAAAAAACUGGCAUUUGCUGACAAAUUUCAUAUGCAUAGCAAUAUUUUUAAAUUUCUCAGCCAUUAUUCUAAUAUCUAACUGCCUUGUAAUUAGAAAACUCUACAGAAACAGAGAUAAUGAAAACUAUCCCAAUGUGAAAAAGGCUCUCAUCAACAUACUUUUAGUGACUUCAGGCUACAUCAUCUGCUUUGUUCCUUACCACAUCGUCCGGAUCCCAUACACCCUCAGCCAGACAGAAGUCAUAUCUGACUGCUCAACCAGGAUUUCCCUCUUCAAAGCCAAAGAGGCCACAAUGCUCCUGGCUGUGUCCAACCUGUGCUUUGAUCCUAUCCUGUACUACCACCUCUCAAAAGCAUUCCGCUUAAAGGUCACUGAGACUUUUGCCUCAUCUAAGGAGAUCAAGGCUCAGAAAGAAAAACCAAGAUGUGAAAAUGAUGCAUAAAAUAUGGGAUUUUUUUCAUGCUAUCACUUUUUGCCUUCCUGGAUUGUAAAACUUACAGUUUUAAAAGAGAAAAAAAGAAUCUCAGUAAGAAAAAAUACAGAAAGCUAGCACACAUGGACCAAAGGUUUACUUAGAAAUCCUGUUUCUAAAUGCAAGCCACACCUAUACUCUUAUGGUUGUUGAUACCCCUUA